AUGUUCAACAAUCUUUACGUUAUAAUCAUAGAAAAGUCUUAUAAAAAAUAUCUUUACAAACUGAUCAAAAUGCAAAGGCUUUUUCUACGACAGUUUUCAAAUACACCCACUAUUUGGGGAACGAUCAGCAAGGCAAAGGUUGCUGCGGCAAUAAAAAAAAAUGUUAUUUUAGUACCCCAAAAAGAGGUGGAGUUAAGAGAACGGAAAAAACUUGAAGAAUUCAAUUCCAAGCCGGUGACAAAUUGUUCUGCAAGAAAACUACUUGGUGAGCUCUUGGGACGUGAUUUUAAAGGGGAUGAAAAAAUUGGAGUUCUAACCCCAUUUACAAGUAAGGAAUUAGACGUGAUUUUCAAACAAAAAAACUUGAGACUUAUCUAUAAAGUCUUAGGUACAUCAGGUAUGCAAAUCAAAGAUUCGAUGAUUGUGAACAACGAUGUUGAGAAAUUUUUAGAAAGAGGAGAACUCUAUCGGGCGGAACAACUGGCAAAGUUAGCACGUCAUCAAGGAUUAUUUGCAUAUGGUACCAUUUUAAAAUAUCUGCUUCAGCGUGGGCAAGUCAACGACGCAUUUGAUAUAUUCAUGGACCUAAGGAAGCGUGGGUAUGAAAUCAAGGGUCGUUUAUACAACGUGUUAUUAUCUGGGUAUGGAGAUACAAUCUCUAAAUCUUACAAUGGCACUGAAGUAUCGCAUGAGAAGGUCGAAAGGCUAUUCAGAGCAUUUCAAAAGGACCACUUAUCAGGAAAACAGGAUAUAUCCGUGAUCCAUGUCAAUUCUUUGUUGAAAGUUUUAAGGAAGAGUAAAAGAGUUGACCUGGGGCUGAGUCUUUUUGACUCCUUAAAAGAGAGUCAGAGCGGGCACUCAAGGAUCAAGCCAGAUGUGAGAACGUAUACUGAGACAUUGAGAUUAUUGGCAAUCGCUGAACCCGAAAGAGACGGCUUAUCCUAUAAAGAUAUAAUAAAGCGUGCAGAAGUUAUAUUUUACAAUUCACAAAACAACAGGAAUAUCAAGGUUGAUGCCUUUUUAGUUCGUGCAUAUGCAAGUAUAUAUGCAUAUUCAGACGAUUUGAUGCUUCGUGCAAGAGCUGUGACAAUCUACAGAGAAUGGUUCAGAAUAUCUUCAUUAGAGGAGAUCAAGCAACCUGUUGAUUACAAUGUAUACAAUCAGAAAAUGUGGGAAAAAAUCCAGUCUAAUGGAACCAAGAGGUUUUUCAUUGGUGCAAAUCGUCCAAGCCUGCUGGAAACUGAUCAAAUCAAUGCUGCAAAAAGCAAGAGAUUUGAGCCUGACGAUGCCAUCAUAAGAUCCUAUACAGAAUUAUGCAAGCUCUUCAAAAUUCCAUGUACAUACAAACCACCUGAAAAAAGGGGUAAAAUCACCGAAACGCCUGCUAAACAAACUUCAAAUGUUAAGGCAGAAGUUGCUUAA